UUGGAUAAAAUCAAAGAGCUGUUGUCUCCAGGUACAAUGAAUUCAAACACUCUGCUGGUCCUUGUGAAUGUCAUCUACUUCAAAGGAAACUGGGAAAAAUCAUUUAACAAAGAGGAUACCAGGGAGGUGCCUUUCAAAGUCAGCAAGAAUGAGAAGAAACCUAUACAGAUGAUGUUUAAGAAGUCUACCUCUAAGAUGACCUAUGUAGAAGAGAUAUCCACCAAGAUUCUGUUGCUUCCCUAUGUUGACAAUGAGUUAAACAUGAUCGUCAUGCUUCCAGAUGGGCAUGUUGAACUGAGCGAGGUGGAAAAGGAAAUAACUUAUGAGAAAUUCAUAGAUUGGAUGAGGCUCGGCAGAAUGAAGGGAGAAAAGGUGGAGGUUUUCUUCCCACGGUUUGAACUGGAGAACUAUGAAAUGAACAAUGUUGUAUGCAGGUUGGGCAUGACUGAUGCCUUUGAGGAGGGCAAAGCAGACUUUUCUGGAAUAUUUUCUAAGCAAGGGUUUUUUCUGUCCAACAUCAUACAUAAGGCCUUUGUGGAGGUGAAUGAGGAGGGCACAGAGGCUGAUGCUUCUACUGCAAUUGUUAUGAAGGUGUCAUCGCGGUUUACCCCCUGCUUCUGUGCUGAGCACCCCUUCCUUUUCUUCAUUCAGCAUGUUAAUACCAGUGGGAUUCUGUUCUGUGGCAGGUUCUCCUCUCCCUGAGGAAAGGGUGUUCCGAUCAUUCUUUUACCCAUUCUCCAUGGUUUGCCUGUGACCCAAA